GGAUAUUUUUGCGUGUGUAUUAGUGAAAAUCUUAGGAUUGGCUACUUGUAGAUUUAUACAAUGACUAAUAUUUGGUGCGUUCCAACAAAAUUGCAGAAAAUACCGUAGAAAAUGGAUUCUGGGACUGAGGAAAAGACACCAAAACUGCAAAAUGAUCUCCUUGAGUCAAGAAUACAAAGAAAACAUCGCCAUACGGAUGACGUUGAACAACAGAACAGUGACACUGCAUCUAAUACGAAUAAUGGAGCCGUGGCGGAGUAUAUACCUGCUGCAAAGGUACGCAGUGUUGUUGAAUCGAACAAAAUUUGUAUCACAGACUUUCCGGACGAGCUUCUUUACGAAAUAUUUAAGAAUUUAGACUCUUGGUCGUAUUGCGUUCUUAAGAACUGCUGUAAUCGUUUCUAUACUUUAUUGAUGGACCGACGGUUUUGGCACCAUAUAGAUCUAAGUGAAAAACAAUUGCCAUUAGGUAUACUUGAAUAUGUGAUGGAGCGCACAUAUCAAGGAACUACAAGCAUAAAAUUGAAUGGUCAAUCUAGACAAUAUACAAGUGCGGAAAUAUUGAAGUUUAACAAAACGCUGGCGGAUACUUUCGCGUUGCGUACCACACAAUUAAGUAUUUUGGAAUUACGUUGUGUUAAAGUAGAUCUUAGGAAUGUACGAAUUGUGCAUUUUCCGAAAACUCUAAAGCGCUUAGUUUUUAAAUUUUGUGAUAUCUGUAAGCCACCAGAAGAACAAACUGUUUUUUCCGGUAUUCACACACAUUUAGUGAAUUUGGAGGAACUUGGAAUUGAAUUCUGCAGUUGGUUUGAACCACAUUAUAUCAUGAUGAUAUCCAAAAUACCUUCACUUCGUUGGCUUAGUCUAAAAGGUUGUACGCAAUUGGGUAAUGGGAGGAUGGUGGUUCUUUCUGGUUUUAAAAAAUUAGAAUACUUAGAUUUGCGUUUUACACCUAUAACAGAUUCAGAUGUUCAAUGUUUUAAUAUGGUACUAACAUUAAAAGAACUACUACUUGAGUCUUUAAAUAUGCGUGCUAACGAUACAAAAACUAGCUUAGCAAACAAAAAUAAUAAUAAGGAUUCUGAUAGUAAAGAUUGUCAACCGUCCACAUCAAAAGCAUCAGUCACACGCGAAGACAGUAAUUCACCUACUAAUUCCAUUACUGUAGAGGCCAAUUUAAAUACACCAGGACAAGAAGGACGUGAGGAUGCAUCUACGGAACAACCGACUUGUUCUAGCCCACAACCAUCAACAUCAUCCUCUUCGUCUUCUACAUCAUCGUCAUCGCCUUCAUCUGCAAUGAAUUCACCUUUCGCUUCACCUUCGCGCUUGGCACUAGACAAUCCAACAGGCAACAACAACGCUCCAGAACCGGCCGGCAAUGUACCGUCACGUAGCCGAUUUUUACCGCGUCCAGAUCAAGUCAUAUUCUUAGAUUUUGUAAACCGCCGUCCGAGUAUACGGCAUGUGCGUCCGCUACCAAUUUCGGAUAAUCAAAUGAUACAACAUCCACUAUUUUGGAAUAUCAUCAAUCCUUUAAGCGGACGUGAAGCUAGUAGGUCGAGCUCUGGGUCAGGACAAGUGACGCACUUCAGUCAUCACCCAUGUUUUCGCCCAUAUCCCAUUUCAGAUCGUGGCAUUUGUUGCUUUGGGAGGCCGCAAAAUCCAGUGGAGCAUGGGGUAUUUUGGAUUCGUAUUGGCAAUCGUCCGAGCGAAAAUAGCUUUGUAAGACUUAGCGUACGAAAUUAUAAAAAAGUCACCGACAUCUCACUGCAUCAUCUCGUGCAAUGUUCACCUGAGCUAAUAUAUCUAGAUCUGAGUGGCACCAGCGUAACGCGUGAGGGCGUAAAACGCUUCAAAGCUGGAAAACCUGAGUGCCAAAUCAUAGCCGACCAUAUUAUUGAGACGAACGACCCUGAUAUACCGACAAUAGAUUAAUUCUAAAGUACGUUUAUACAUAUGGUGCUGUAAUAUUUAUGAUAACCUAACAUGCACACUUAAUACUACAUACAUAGAUACAUACAUAUAUAUUUAUGUAUAUGUAUAAUAUAUAUAUAUAUCUCAAUAUAAUUAAUAAGGACGCAUAUGAUACUUGUUGACAUAAAUUUUAUUCAGAAAUAUUUUGAAAGUAUAUAUACAUACAUAUAAAAUGCAUAUGCAGUGGAGAGAUAGUUUUCACAAUGUUUAAAACGAUAGUGAUAAUAUAAUUGAAUAAAUAUAGGAUAUACUAAGCUUAGUCCUCAUUCGCCUCAUUAUUGGACGAGUCCUCCUCAUCGUCAUCAUCGUCGUCGUCAUCCUCAUCGUCCGUAUCCUCGGACUCGGAUUCCGAACUUUGACAAUCGGCAAUUUCGCCAGUAAAAAACAUUACAGCUUUUGGAAUUACGCGUUCCUUUAGAUAGAAAUGUAAUUCACUUUUUGAUAGAAGUAUGAAGAAACGAGUUUCAGUAAAUUCAUCGUAAAGGGG